GAAUUUACUCAGUAGUUACCCCGUUAGUGUCCAGAGGUCGCGCAUGGAAAUGAGGAAGCCAAAGCUUCCGAUUCGGCUUCAGCUUCUACUACUUACCCUUAACUUUCUCUUUCUCUUUCACUCAGUUUUUUCGGAAAUCUUCUUCGAAGAGCGAUUUGAAGAUGGAUGGAAGAGCCGGUGGAUCUUGUCAGACUGGAAAAGGAGUGAAGGAAAAGCAGGGACAUUUAAGCACACGGCAGGAAAGUGGUCUGCGGAUCCUGAUGAUAAAGGCAUUCAGACAUAUAAUGAUGCCAAGCAUUAUGCCAUAUCUGCAAAGAUACCAGAAUUCAGCAACAAAAAUAGAACUCUAGUAGUCCAGUAUUCUAUUAAAUUUGAACAAGACAUAGAAUGUGGUGGUGGUUACAUCAAACUUCUAUCUGGCUAUGUCAAUCAGAAAAAAUUUGGUGGUGAUACGCCUUACAGUUUGAUGUUUGGACCAGAUUUAUGUGGCUCACAGACAAAAAGGCUCCAUGUUAUACUUUCAUACCAGGGACAAAAUUAUCCCAUCAAAAAGGACCUUCAAUGCGAAACAGACAAGUUAACUCAUUUCUAUACAUUUAUUCUAAGGCCUGAUAAAACUUACACUGUCCUUGUUGACAAUCGAGAAAGAGAUUCUGGAAGCAUUUAUACAGAUUGGGAUAUCCUUCCUCCACCAAAAAUCAAGGAUGUAAAAGCUAAAAAGCCAGCAGAAUGGGAUGACAGAGAAUACAUUGAUGACCCUGAUGAUGUCAAACCAGAGGGAUAUGAUUCGAUCCCAGCUGAAAUUCCUGAUCCAAAGACCAAAGAGCCUGAUGACUGGGAUGAUGAAGAGAAUGGAAUAUGGAGGGCACCAAAGAUCCCAAAUCCUGCAUACAAAGGGCCAUGGAAGCGCAAGAAAAUCAAGAACCCCAACUAUAAGGGAAAGUGGAAGAUUCCAUGGAUUGAUAAUCCAGAGUUUGAAGACGAUCCCGAUAUUUAUGUGCUGAAGCCAAUAAAGUAUGUGGGCAUUGAAGUUUGGCAGGUAAAAGCUGGUUCAGUUUUCGACAAUAUUUUGAUUUGUGAUGACCCACAGUAUGCAAAACAAGUGGUAGAUGAUAUAUUUGCCAGUCGGGAGGUCGAAAAAGAUGCCUUUGAGGAAGCAGAGAAGGAGAGAAGAGCUAGGGAAGAAGAGGAUUCUAGAAGAGCGAGAGAGGAGGGUGAAAGGAGGAAGAGGGAGCGGGAUCGUCGCUAUGGAGAUAGGAGACGUCACAGAAGGCAUGAUCCCCACGAUUACUUGGAUGACUACCAUGAUGAACUAUGAUUUGAGGGCAUCCGAGGCUUUUACCUCAUGUAUCAGAACAGCUAUAAUGAAAACUGAAAGGAAUAGGAUCUACAAUGCUAAAGAAGCAUUGCUCUCUGCUCGUGGAGAUUUGUGUUGUAUAACUGCUGUUGUAACAUUAAUACGUUAUUAAUGUGAUAUCUUACUAAUAUCUCAGAACCUAAAGCUGGGUCAAUGGAACGAAGGAACUUCUUUUUUGCUGCACCUUGUAUUAUUUAUUUAUUAUUAUUAUUAUUUAACUUUGACUCGA